CGGAUGCCCAGCCUGCGCACUGCGCACCGCCCACCGUCUGCCACCGCCUGCCUGGCUGCCACCGCCAGCACUGCUCAGUGACCGCCAGCCAUGGCCCGAGCACCCAGCCUGGCCCUGCUCCUGUUGGGGCAGCUCCUGGCAGCCACCGCAGCACAGAAAGUGGGGCUUCCCGGCCCCCCAGGCCCCCCAGGCCCACCUGGGAAGCCAGGCAAGGAUGGCAUUGAUGGAGAGGCUGGUCCUCCGGGUCUGCCUGGGACUCUGGGAUCCAAAGGGACCCCAGGGAAACCAGGAAAGCCUGGAGAGGCAGGGCUGCCGGGACUUCCAGGAGUGGAUGGUCUGACUGGGCGGGAUGGACCUCCUGGACUCAGAGGUGCCCCUGGAGAGCGGGGAAGCCUGGGACCCCCAGGGCCGCCUGGGCUGGGGGGCAAAGGCCUCCCUGGACCCCCUGGAGAGGCAGGAGUCAGCGGCCUCCCAGGAGGGAUUGGCCUCCGUGGUCCCCCGGGACCCUAUGGACUUCCGGGACUGCCAGGGCCCCCAGGGCCUCCAGGACCUCCUGGGCAGCCUGGGGUCCUUCCCGAAGGUGCUACGGACCUGCAGUGCCCCGCCAUCUGCCCUCCAGGUCCCCCUGGGCCUCCAGGAAUGCCAGGUUUCAAGGGGCCCACGGGCUACAAAGGAGAACAGGGAGAAGUCGGCAAAGACGGCGAGAAGGGCAACCCCGGCCCGCCUGGCCCUGCUGGUAUUCUGGGUGCUGUGGGGCUACAGGGCCCUCGAGGAUUAAGAGGACUGCCGGGGCCGCUCGGGCCCCCUGGGGACCGGGGUCCCAUUGGAUUCCGAGGGCCCCCAGGCAUACCAGGAUCACCCGGGAAAGUGGGUGACAGAGGCGAGAGGGGCCCAGAGGGCUUCCGAGGCCCCAAGGGUGACCUUGGCAGACCUGGUCCCAAAGGGAUCCCUGGUGUGGCUGGGCCCGUCGGGGAGCCGGGUAUGCCAGGCAAGGACGGCCGCGACGGCGUGCCAGGACUUGAUGGCGAGAAGGGGGAGUCCGGCCGCCAUGGAGCACCAGGAGAGAAGGGUCCUGACGGGCUGCCAGGCCUCCCUGGACGAGCAGGGUCCAAAGGCGAGAAGGGAGAGCUGGGCCAAGCUGGAGAGCUGGGCGAGGCUGGCCCUUCCGGAGAGCCAGGCAUCCCUGGGGACGUGGGCAUGCCUGGGGAGCGUGGCGAGGCUGGCCACAGGGGCUCAGCGGGGGCCCUUGGCCCACAAGGUCCUCCUGGACCCCCUGGCGUCCGAGGCUUCCAGGGCCAGAAAGGCAGCAUAGGAGAUCCUGGCCUCCCAGGACCCCAAGGCCUCCGUGGUGAAGUGGGUGACCAGGGCCCAGGAGGUGCCACAGGCCCGAAGGGAGACCAGGGCAUCGCAGGUUCUGAUGGCCUCCCUGGGGACAAAGGAGAGCUGGGUCCCAGCGGCUCCGUUGGACCCAAAGGAGAGUCUGGCAAUCGAGGGGAGCUGGGCCCCAAAGGCAUCCAGGGACCCAACGGCACCAGUGGUGUCCAGGGCGUCCCGGGCCCCCCAGGGCCUGUGGGCCUGCAGGGCGUGCAGGGCGUCCCCGGGAUCACGGGGAAACCUGGAGUUCCGGGGAAAGAGGCCAGCGAGCAGCGCAUCAGGGAGCUGUGUGGCGGCAUGAUCAGCGAGCAAAUUGCACAGUUAGCUGCACACCUGAGGAAGCCUCUAGCACCAGGCUCCAUUGGUCGGCCUGGUCCAGCUGGGCCCCCAGGACCCCCAGGACCCCCAGGCUCCAUCGGCCACCCUGGUAUUCGAGGGCCUCCUGGAUACCGUGGUCCCACCGGAGAGCUGGGAGACCCUGGCCCCAGAGGAAGUCAGGGUGACAGAGGAGACAAGGGCGCCCUGGGCACAGGGCUGGAUGGUCCCCCCGGAGACCAGGGACUCCAAGGGCCACAAGGCGUACCUGGCAUCGGCAAAGACGGCCGUGAUGGCGCCCACGGUGAGCCUGGGCUUCCUGGCGAUGCCGGCCUUCCUGGCGCCGUUGGGGCUCAGGGAACUCCGGGGAUCUGCGACACUUCUGCCUGCCAGGGAGCCGUGUUAGGAGGGACCGGGGAGAAGUCUGGCCCUCGCAGCUCAUAGGAAGAACUGAAGGAAGGGAGAAUCGACGAUGCUGGAGGCUCUGGCCCCAGCCAAGAGCGAGGUCACCGGGAGCGGCCAGCAUGGCCAGCAGUCAGUCCACAGGCUCCUGGACUGCCGCGGCCACCAGGCCUCGCGUGGCGACGGUGCCACCGGCCCAGGUCCUGUCCACAGUGUUUCUGGCACCCACUCAUCUGCGACAAUACCUCAACCUCACAAUGUCCGGAGGGAGCGGGGUGCGUGUGGAAAGGCCUCUGUGACCCCGCAGGCUAAGACUGCGACUGGUUUACAUAGCGUUUGUGUAAAGACUGCACAGCCCCAAUAAAAUGAUACCCCAA